AUUAUUGCUCCCGUUAGCUAGGUUGUUGGCGAAUAGCGAGCUACCUCAGCCUACUUGCGGAGUACGUAGCACAGCCGCUCGUAUGAACCACUUAGAAGUUAGGUGCCGGUGCACUCGGUACGAUAAUCAUCUUAAAUAUGUCAGCGACAGUGCACCUGUUGGCUGAAGCCCUUGAUUCGGAAGUGAUGCCGGGCUACAGCCCCCUUUUCUUCUUUUCUCUAGACGCGGUCAGAGCGGUAGACUAAGAGAGUCAAUCACCUGUCAGGCAGCCGUCUAGACGGCAAUCAAAUGACAGAUCAUAAAAGAUCACGAUGGAUGCAACAGUUGUUCAAUUAUUGGAGAAACAGGUAUGAUAAUGAGUUGGAAUCCAGUCCGCAUCAAGUAAAAGAAGGAGCAGAAGAAGAAGAAGAUGAUGAGCGCUGCCAAGCCUGGAGAGCGGAAGGAGGAAGGAGUGGGGGACCGUCAUGCUCCUGCUCCGGCGAUCCCCAGCCUGCGCUUGCUCUUUCUUGUUCGCGGCUCACGUUCUCGUCCAUCCUCCCACUACUCCUACGAGCCUGCGCCGUGGUAGUACGGAUCGAUAUCCAUACGAGAUGUCCUGCUAGAGUCCUAGAAUCCUACAUCUCCUCCUUAUCCUCUCAGGGCCGUCGGGGAUCGGAUCACCCCCGUCACCUUCAGCCGUGCCUAGCCCAGCCGCCAAAUUUCCCCUCCCAACGAACAAAUAAGACGCCUGUUAUUAUUACGGGCCUUGGCCCUAGUGUGGCCCGUUGAUAACUUGUGAUACCGAGCCCGUACAGCGAUCCCUUUGUUCAAUGCUGCUUAUUUCGACUAUUAUUGCAUGGGAGCAUUGAGCCUUUACGGGACAGUGGCACACUCUCAUGCAGGGCCAAUGGGCUGGCCAUGGCCAGACACCCUUGCG